AUGCCACUGCAAACGGUCCGUGGAACUGAGUACAUGCUUCAACUGCAGCGUUUCCUUGCUCAUGCAAGAGCUACCAAUAUAAUCGCCCCAGACCGCACUCCCAAGGAAACGCUCGUAAAAUAUUAUGGCAUAUGCGAUCGUUUGUCGGCCGUCCUCCAAAAGGAUAGUGUUCCAUGCUUCCUUCGCAUCUUCGAGAAGUAUAGGGAGUCCUUCGUUUCUGGUUUUGUCAUCAUUCCACAAACCCUCGACUUAAUUAUUCUAGAGAAUGCCCUGCGUUGUGCUAAUGUUGUUUUGGAGGGGAAGUCGCCAAAGCUCUGCGGGGUGCGUGCCAACCCCAACUACAUGACCAGCUUUGGGUACUUCCCCCUCCACCAAGCUGCCGAGUCAUUCUCCGCUGACAUGGUUGAGUUACUAUUUCGCUAUGGCGCAUCAGCCAAUCAGCGCACCUCGGGUAAUAAAGUCAUUGAGGGCCUCCUCCCACUCCAUGUUGCCAUCGAGAACACCUGCCAGCAUAAGUAUCUGGAGGACAACCUAUUAGUUGAUGAGAACUACAGGAAGGGGAAUGUUGAGUACAUCUACAAGCUCAUACAUCUGCUUUGCCUGCCUGAGAUGAAGAUCUUCUUGGACACCACUAGAUCGCUUGCAGCUCACACUGAUAAUGUAGUUGAUGAGCUCUGGAAUUACAUCAAGCAGGGGAAGCUUGUCCCUGCUGCUAUUUUGCUUCUUGCAGCUCAAAGGCAAUACCGUAAUCUCAAUGGGUUUGAUAUCAUCAAGGCUCGUAUCGAGGAUUCUAUGUGUGGAUUAGGAAGUGGUAAAAAUGCCAAGGCAAAAAAGCAGCUGAAGGAGAUGAAAUUACAUCUUAUCAAUGCAUUGGUGCUUGUUAGGAUAAUUCUCAAAGCUGGUGAAGCUCUUGAGGCAUAUAUUCAAACUCACUCAGAGGCAUCUCAUGAGGAGGUCCUUGGAAAAGUUUCAGCAGUUCUCCUGAAUUGUGAUGUUGGUCCUAGUGGAAAAGAAAUCUGCAUUGAAGACCUUGACUGCUGCCCUUAUGACUGUGGCGAGCCAGCCGGGAACACAGGUUUGACCAAGGCAGCCACUGGAUCACCUACUCUGGAAGUCAAGGAGAAAAGUGCUGUGACAAAGAAACCACGAGAUAGCCACUUGUAUGCAAGAAAUCAGUUUUUCCCGAUAUGGAGAUCAGUGUUAACAGCUCGGUUUAUUUCAAAGAUCUUUCCACCCUAUGCACCGAAGAAAGAGUUACCAAUAUAUACUCGUGAGGUUGAUUAUUCCGGUAGCUCCGAGAAGUUGAGAGCUGAAAGGCACUCUGAGAUUCGUCUUGGCAUGUUGGAGAGGAAUUAUCCGAGAGUAGCACCUAAGCCCAGGCCCGAGCCCAGGGGGCCGAUGCCCGCAAGUAAUUAUCGAUCCAGAAGGUUAUUUCGUACUGCUGCGUCGACUGUCCUGAAGAUGCUUAAGCGCGUAUGAAGACCU